AUGCAAAGCAAGGAUUCCUACCUGGUGUACAGGAGAUGCGAUGAUGGUCACCAUGCAAUGGUUCAAAAAUGCCAGCUAGACAACAGGUGGGUCAUCCCUUACAACCCUUACCUCUUGCGGUUGUUCAACUGCCACAUCAAUGUUGAGAUCUGCUCGAGCAUAAAAGCUGUCAAGUACAUGUUCAAGUACAUAUAUAAGGGCCACGAUCGGGCGUCUGUAUCUGUCAACAAGGCUGACAACAAUGACAUCGAUGAGAUCAAGCAGUACAGGGCGGCGAGGUGGGUUACCCCACUGGAAGCCUUGUGGAGGAUAUACGGCUUUGACCUGAGCAAGAACUCUCCACCUGUGAUGCAACUACAACUUCAUCUCAUGAACAUGCAUAUGGUUUCGUACCGAGGGGGGCAGGACAUACAGGAGGUGCUCGACCGUGAUGAUGUUGAGAAGUCAAUGCUAACAGAGUACUUCGAGGCAAACAAAGUACACGAGCAAGCAAGAGGCAUCCUCUACCGUGAUUUCCCCAAGUGGUUUACUUGGCAAAAAGGGAAAAAUAGAAAGUUUUGGUAA